AUGGUCAGUCUCAGCGAGGUCAAGAACACGCAGCGUGAGAAUCGCAUUGCCGCGCACAGUCACAUUAAAGGCCUUGCCCUAAGAAGCGAUGGCACCGCUGAUACCAGUGGCAACUUCAUCGGACAAGCGGCCGCGCGUGAGGCAUGCGGCGUAGUAGUCGACCUGAUCAAGGCGAAGAAACUCAGUGGUCGCGCUGUGCUGCUCGCCGGUGGUCCAGGCACAGGGAAAACAGCCCUGGCGCUCGCUGUGUCGCAGGAGCUCGGCACAAAAGUCCCCUUCUGCCCCAUUGUGGGCAGCGAGAUCUACAGCACCGAAGUGAAGAAAACAGAAGCCCUAAUGGAGAAUUUCAGACGAGCUAUUGGCCUGCGUGUGCGCGAGACAAAAGAAGUGUACGAAGGCGAAGUCACCGAGCUCAUUCCAGAAGAAGCCGAAAACCCGUUAGGAGGCUACGGACGCACCAUCUCCCACCUAAUUCUCACUCUCAAAUCCGCCAAAGGUACCAAAAAGCUCCGCCUCGAUCCCUCAAUCUACGAAGCCAUCACCAAAGAGCGCGUCACAGUCGGCGAUGUGAUCUACAUCGAAGCCAACACAGGCGCCUGCAAGCGCGUUGGUCGAUCGGACGCCUACGCCACAGAAUUUGACCUCGAAGCCGAAGAGUACGUGCCGGUACCCAAGGGCGAGGUUCAUAAGAAGAAAGAAGUUGUGCAAGACGUCACGCUGCAUGACCUCGACAUCGCGAAUGCGCGGCCUCAGGGCGGCCAGGAUGUCAUGAGCAUGAUGGGUCAAUUGAUGAAGCCCAAAAAGACCGAGAUUACGGACAAGCUCCGCGCGGAAAUCAACAAGGUGGUGUCGCGGUACAUCGAUCAAGGCGUGGCCGAGCUGGUGCCGGGCGUGCUCUUCAUCGACGAAGUCCACAUGCUGGACAUCGAGUGCUUCACCUACCUGAACCGUGCGCUAGAGCAGCCCAUCUCGCCCAUUGUCAUCCUGGCCAGCAACCGCGGCAACACCGUCAUCCGCGGCACCGACGGGGUGACCGGCGCCCAUGGCAUCCCCGCCGACCUGCUGAACCGCCUGCUCAUCGUCCCCACCCUCCCGUACAACGCCCAAGAGGUCAGCACCAUCAUCAAGCUGCGCGCCCGCGUCGAGGGACUGGCACUCAACGACGCGGCGCUGCAGAAGAUCAGCGAGCACGGCACCAAGGUCAGUCUGCGCUACGCGCUUCAGCUGCUGACGCCGGCGAGCAUUCUGUCCAAGGUCAAUGGGCGCAGCGAGAUUGCCGUUGAGGACGUGGCCGAGUGCGAGGACCUGUUCAUCGACGCGAGGAGGAGCGCCAAGGUUGUGGAGGGCUCUGCAGGGUUCAUCAGCUGA